AUCUCAGUCACCCUUCACACCGGCAGCCUCUCUCGCACAUCGACGGCCAGUCGUGCGCGCUUUCACAUUGUUUAAUCGAUAACGCGCGUUACCACGGACAAUGCGAGCCGACGUUCAGGCUGUUUUUAUCGCGUUAACACGCACGACGGUUGUUUAGUGCCUCGUGACUGUCGAUGCACUUGACGGAACUUUUACUCUUGGACGCAUAAUCGCUUCGUCUCGUUGGGCAGCGCACGAGGUAACGGGGAUAUUUUCGUAUCGGUGCGAAUAUCGGCAGGUCGGCUCGACAGCGCGGAGAUUUCCGUCCGAAUCGAAAGUCUCUCGGGCCCUUCGACAGAAUGGUGAGGCUGCACGUGAAAAAAGGUGAUGAGAGCCAGUUUCUCUACGACACCCAGCUGGAGGCGAGUGUGAACGACGUCAUACGCGAUAUCGUGGCCAUCUACAACGGUCGUCUGAAGAUCUCCAGGAUCUGCUACGAGAUCGAGGAGCUGGCCAAGCACGGCCCGAUGCUACCCCCUGACAUUAUGGGUCUCACGGACGAGCAGGUCCAAGAGCUCAAACUCAAGGACGAAUGGGCUGACAGGUGCGUGCCCAUGGGCGGCUGGACUUUCAACAAAGACCAGAUCGGUCGUAGGAACGGCAGGCAGCCCAACGAGAAGAUGCAGGAAGUGCUGAAGAGAACCAUCGAAGACGCGCGUGCUAUGACGUCAAAAAAAUUAGUGCAGCAGGAGAAGCUGGUCACACAGAAGACGGUCCAAGAGGCUCUGGACAUACUAAGAGGUGCUGUGACGAUUGUUUAUCCGAUGGGGCUUCCGCCGCACGAUGUGAUACGUCAGGAAUUUGAGAAUACUGAGGAUCUCUCCGGCACUCAGGCGUCCCUCGAGGUAAUCGACGAGCAACUGGCUCAGCUGUGGUUUUCCGGCAAGGAGUUAACACCGGGGAAGAAGAUGAAGGAUUUCCUCGGUAAUAACGAGAAGACCAAGAUAAUCGCGAAGCUGCAGAAGAGAGGAUCCGGUAGACCGGCGAGGGAGCCGUUAAUGUCGGAAGACGAGCGGAAACAAUUGAUGUUGCACGCGUAUCGCCGUCAGGAACAGCUCAAGGUAAGUGGCUUUGCAUGCGCGCCGAUUAGGAAUGGGCGAUGCUGGAAUCGGCGUCCGAAUAAACGAUUCAGAAAAUUUGAUCUCUCCGACAAAAAUCCGCUGCAAGGAGCAACAUCCGAAACAAGUUCGAAGACGAUUGAAACAAUUGAUCUGCACUUCCACAUGUCCUGUAAAGUUUUUAGCAACGACAGUUAA